GGCCCUAAAGAAGAAAGCUCCAUUUCAGACACUAAUCUGUUCCAGAGUUUUCUGUAGUCUUUGAAUUAUUGUUCUUUAUGUUUGUCUCUUUGGUGGAACCGACAACAGCUCAUAAACAUCUCCACACAGUUUUUUGUAGUUUUUUUUUUUUUUUUUACAAUCCACAGAGGCUGAAUCUGUAUUAAUAUGUUGUUGUUUUUUUCAUGUAAAGUCAUUUAAUUGUGUCAUGGAAAAUGUAAAAAGUCAAUUUUCCUCUGCAAUGUAGUUAAAGUAGAGAGAGCAGCACUGGAGUGGAUCUUAUCUCAGGACUGGCGUGUUUGCUGUGAGCAGGUGAAACAGCUGAUUUGCAGUGGAGUAUGUGUCCUGGAAGAGGAAGCAUUGUUUGUGAGACAGGUAGCGUUGUUUGUCAGACAGGUAUGUGCUGCUGCAGAGAGAGGGAGGAGAGAGGAGGGUUAUAUACACCACUGCAUGUCUGAUGGUAGAGGUUCACAGUCAUGACUCUCUACAAAGUGAUCUGUGUGGCAGCUCUGCUGACUCUCCUGACACCAGAGUCUCACUCACAAGCAGAUGUGUGUGGUCAGCCUCCUCUCAACACCAGGAUUGUUGGAGGUCAGGUGGCCCCUGUAGGAGCCUGGCCCUGGCAGGUCAGUCUGCAAAAUAGAGGAUCUCACUUCUGUGGAGGAUCCCUCAUCAACAACCAGUGGGUGCUGAGUGCAGCUCACUGCGUCCCAGGAGCCAGCACAAGUAAUCUGGCAGUGAGUCUGGGUCGUCAGAGUCAGGAGGGAUCAAACCCCAAUGCUGUGUCUCGGACAGUGGCACAGAUCAUCAACCAUCCUGACUACAACCCUUCUACCAGUGACAACGACAUCUCCCUCCUGAGACUCUCCUCAGCUGUGGAGUUCAACAACUUCAUCAGGCCCGUCUGCCUCGCAGCAUCGGGCAGCACCUUCUUCAACGGCACCGACUCCUGGGUCACCGGCUGGGGAAGAAUCGGAUUUGGAGUGCCCCUUCCUUCCCCACAAAACCUGAUGGAGGUGGAGGUGCCGGUCGUGGGGAACAGACAGUGUAACUGUGACUAUGGAGUGGGUCGAAUCACAGACAACAUGAUCUGCGCCGGCUUACGUGAAGGAGGGAGGGACUCCUGUCAGGGAGACUCCGGCGGUCCGAUGGUGAGCAAGCAGAACAGUCGCUGGAUCCAGUCUGGAGUCGUCAGUUUUGGAAGAGGAUGUGCCGAGCCGAAUUUCCCAGGAGUCUACACCAGAGUGUCCUGGUAUCAGACCUGGAUCAACAGCCACAUCUCCACCAACCAGCCUGGAUUCUUAACCUUCAGGUCCACUGGGACAGACGGAGACCUCAGCGUCACCUGUGCUGGUCUGCCACCACCCCCGACCACCAUCGCUCCAACAACAACUACAACUCCAACAACAACUACAACUCCAACAACAACUACAACUCCAACAACAACUACAACUACAACUCCAACAACAACUACAACUCCAGCAACCACAGCCAAACCUGUGGUUUGUGGCCAAGCCCCGAGAAACACCCGCAUUUCAGGAGGAAGCUCAGUGGCGACAGCUGGUAUUUGGCCCUGGAUGGCGAGUCUCCAGAAGAAUGGAAAUCACAUGUGUGGAGGAACUCUGGUGGCCGUGGACUCUGUGUUGAGCAGCGCUGACUGCUUCCCCAGCUCUCCCGUAGCCUCUGAAUGGACCGUGGUUUUGGGUCGUUUGAACCAGAAUGGAUCCAACCCCUUCGAGGUGACGCUGAAUGUGAAAAACAUCACUCUGAGUAACCUCACUGGGUCUAACGUGGCAGUGCUGCUUCUGUCAGCCCAGCCCACCCUGACCGACUACAUCCAGCCCAUCUGCCUGGACAACAGACAGACCUUCGCUGUGGGCUCGACCUGCUGGGCUGCUGGCUGGAGCUCCGGGCGAGGAGGAGAGGAACAAGCUCUGCAGGAGUUCCGGACCUCGGUGGUAAACUGUGGGAAUGCAUCAUCGAGUGACAGCAUCUGUACAGGAACUUUUACACUGGAGCAGGGUGAUUCUGGCGGCCCAAUCAUGUGUAAGGUGGGCGGCUCCUGGUUCCAGGCGGCUGUGUUGGUGGUUCAGAACAACUCCACCAGCAGCACCAGCAGCACACGAUCAGAAACCAGAGAGGGUGUAAUGGUAUUCACCAAAAUGAGCACCUAUGAGACCUUUCUGGCUCAGACAGUUAGAGUUUUCUUAUCACCAGCCUCCAACAGCACCGCCUCCACAGCUUUAGCAACCACCACAACAGCUCCAGCAACCACCACCGCAGCUCCAGCAACCACCACCGCAGCUCCAGCAACCACCACAACAGCUCCAGCAACCACCACCACAGCUCCAACCACUGCGACAGAUCCAGCAACCACAGCCAAACCUGUGGUUUGUGGCCAAGCCCCGAGAAACACCCGCAUUUCAGGAGGAAGCUCAGUGGCGACGGCCGGUAUUUGGCCCUGGAUGGCGAGUCUCCAGAAGAAUGGAAAUCACAUGUGUGGAGGAACUCUGGUGUCUGUGGACUCUGUGUUGAGCAACGCUGACUGCUUCCCCAGCUCUCCCGUAGCCUCUGAAUGGACCGUGGUUUUGGGUCGUUUGAACCAGAAUGGAUCCAACCCCUUCGAGGUGACGCUGAAUGUGAAAAACAUCACUCUGAGUAACCUCACUGGGUCUAACGUGGCAGUGCUGCUUCUGUCAGCCCAGCCCACCCUGACCGACUACAUCCAGCCCAUCUGCCUGGACAACGGACAGACCUUCGCUGUGGGCUCGACCUGCUGGGCUGCUGGCUGGAGCUCCGGGCGAGGAGGAGAGGAACAAGCUCUGCAGGAGUUCCGGACCUCGGUGGUAAACUGUGGGAAUGCAUCAUCGAGUGACAGCAUCUGUACAGGAACUUUUACACUGGAGCAGGGUGAUUCUGGCGGUCCAAUCAUGUGUAAGCUGGACGGCUCCUGGUUCCAGGCGGCUGUGUUGGUGGUUCAGAACAACUCCACCACCAGCAGCACCCGGUCAGACAUCAGAGAGGGUGUGAUGGUCUUCACCAAACUGAGCACCUAUCGGGACUUCCUGUCUCGGACGGUGGGAGCGUUUUUAUCUCCAGCCGCCAGCAGCACCGCCACCACCAUGGUCGCCACCACUGCAGACGCUCCUGCUCACUCCACCUUCUUCUUCUUCCAUCUCCUCGUCUUCUUCAUGUGUGUCCACCUCUUCUGUUAUGGAUUUACAGUCAUGGCUCUCUACAAACUGAUCCGUGUGGCGGCUCUGCUGACCCUCCUGACGCCAGAGUCUCACUCACAAGCAGAUGUGUGUGGUCAGCCUCCUCUCAACCCCAGGAUUGUUGGAGGUCAGGUGGCCCCUGUAGGAGCCUGGCCCUGGCAGGUCAGUCUGCAAAAUAGAGGAUCUCACUUCUGUGGAGGAUCCCUCAUCAACAACCAGUGGGUGCUGAGUGCAGCUCACUGCUUCCCAGGAGCCAGCACAAGUAAUCUGGCAGUGAGUCUGGGUCGUCAGAGUCAGGAGGGAUCAAACCCCAAUGCUGUGUCUCGGACAGUGGCACAGAUCAUCAACCAUCCUGACUACAACCCUUCUACCAGUGACAACGACAUCUCCCUCCUGAGACUCUCCUCAGCUGUGGAGUUCAACAACUUCAUCCGGCCCGUCUGCCUCGCAGCAUCGGGCAGCACCUUCUUCAACGGCACCGACUCCUGGGUCACCGGCUGGGGAACCAUUGGAUUUGGAGUGCCCCUUCCUUCCCCACAAAACCUGAUGGAGGUGGAGGUGCCGGUCGUGGGGAACAGACAGUGUAACUGUGACUAUGGAGUGGGUCGAAUCACAGACAACAUGAUCUGCGCCGGCUUACGUGAAGGAGGGAGGGACUCCUGUCAGGGAGACUCCGGCGGUCCGAUGGUGAGCAAGCAGAACAGUCGCUGGAUCCAGUCUGGAGUCGUCAGUUUUGGAAGAGGAUGUGCCGAGCCGAAUUUCCCAGGAGUCUACACCAGAGUGUCCCGGUAUCAGACCUGGAUCAACAGCCACAUCUCCACCAACCAGCCUGGAUUCUUAACCUUCAGGUCCACUGGGACAGACGGAGACCUCAGCGUCACCUGUGCUGGUCUGCCACCACCCCCGACCACCAUCGCUCCAACCACCACAGCCAGACCUGUGGUUUGUGGCCAAGCCCCGAGGAACACACGUAUUUUGGGAGGAAGCUCAGUGGCGACGGCCGGUAUUUGGCCCUGGAUGGCGAGUCUCCAGAAGAAUGGAACUCACAUGUGUGGAGGAACUCUGGUGUCUGUGGACUCUGUGUUGAGCAGCGCUGACUGCUUCUCCAGCUCUCCCGUAGCCUCUGAAUGGACCGUGGUUUUGGGUCGUUUGAACCAGAAUGGAUCCAACCCCUUCGAGGUGACGCUGAAUGUGAAAAACAUCACUCUGAGUAACCUCACUGGGUCUAACGUGGCAGUGCUGCUUCUGUCAGCCCAGCCCACCCUGACCGACUACAUCCAGCCCAUCUGCCUGGACAACGGACAGACCUUCACUGUGGGCUCGACCUGCUGGGCUGCUGGCUGGAGCUCCGGGCGAGGAGGAGAGGAACAAGCUCUGCAGGAGUUCCGGACCUCGGUGGUAAACUGUGGGAAUGCAUCAUCGAGUGACAGCAUCUGUACAGGAACUUUUACACUGGAGCAGGGUGAUUCUGGCGGUCCAAUCAUGUGUAAGCUGGACGGCUCCUGGUUCCAGGCGGCUGUGUUGACGGUUCAGAACAACUCCACCACCAGCAGCACCAACAGCAGCACCAACAGCACCAGCAGCACCCGGUCAGACAUCAGAGAGGGUGUGAUGGUCUUCACCAAACUGAGCACCUAUCGGGACUUCCUGUCUCGGACGGUGGGAGCGUUUUUAUCUCCAGCCGCCAGCAGCACCACCACCACCAUGGUCGCCACCACUGCAGACGCUCCUGCUCACUCCACCUUCUUCUUCUUCCAUCUCCUCGUCUUCUUCAUGUGUGUCCACCUCUUCUUAUAGGACCUUUACACAAUGUCACAGACACAAAUGAAUGUAAACGAGCUCAAAUGUGGCUCGAGGCUGCAUGAACUGAUCUGUGACUUGAUUCUUCUUCAAGGGUUUUAUGAAACACUACAGUAACACUUGUGUUCAGCUGCAGCGUCUCAGCCUCCAGCCUGCUUCUCUACUCUGUCACAACUAUAAAACAUGAUUCAUCUUAAUCAUCUGAUCAAUCUCAGGAAAUUCAGGACACUGACUGCUUCCAGUCUAAAAUGAAGGGUGUGAAAUGAAGAAUAUUUAAACUGUACUAAACAAAUGUAUGAAUGUUUUUUGUGCUUUUUGAUCCUGAUGAUGUCUGUUUUUUAUUAAGAUUUAUUGAAUCAAUACUAUGUAAAAGUGAGAAAUCUUUGUCAUAGAUGUUGAUGAAGGCUCUCGGUCAUCCAGGUCGUGGUUUAUUCUAAGUGCUGUAUCGUUGGCAACUGGACGGGUUCCAGUUUCUUGAAGGUGUUUCACCUCUUUUAGGGUUUUAACUCUCACACAGCACUUAAACGCCUUCAACUCCCCUCCGGGUAGGUAGAAGAGAAGAAGCCUCUUGUUUUAGAGGUGAAACAUGUCCAGCUGCCUUCGAUAUAGCAUGUAGAAAUUAAUCAUAUCCAUAUUUUUUUAUCUACUGAUGAUUAUUUCACUGAAAGAAAACUACCCAAUAUUAUUUUGGGUUACUACUAGAACAGGUUUAAAUGCUACGUGUCCAGUGCUACAGCUCUGUAUCCCCCCUUCUGUCUGAGACACUCCUGUCUCUUUAAGAACCCGCCUUCUGUAUACCAAGUCCCCUCUGAUUGGUCAACUUACACAUGCCUGACCCACAGAACAAAGCAACUAUGCUAAAUGAAUUUUUACGUUUUAAGGAGCAGCUAAACAUAAUGACGUGGUGAUGUGGAGUGAUGUCAUAAAGUCACAGAGUUAAAGGAGCUCAGAAGCAGUAUUUUCUGUAGAAGAGUUUUUACAUGCACAAUAACAUAUAUAACACACUGGAGGAAAAGUAUAAUCGGUCUCCUUUAAAGACGCAUGUUAUAGAGGUCUGAGGAGCACAGGGCCACAACCAGCCUGUCAGUCAUCUACCUCACAUUAUCACACAGCUACUGUACCUUAAUGUUUAUCUGAAGAGACACAGCACUUAAUGUCUGCUCUACAAAUACUUUAUUCUGACUUUUACUACUUUUUACACAUAUGCAGUGGUGCUCCUCAAUGCUGCUGACACUCUGAUGUGUAAAAGUGGUGGAGUUUCCCUUUAAGCUGCACUUUACAUUGACAGACAUUUGUUGUGAAGGAUACAUAUCAGCUGUAAGUCUUGCCAUGCUCUGCUUAAGAAUAAAGCACUCAGGAAAAUCUGAAAGUACUGAAUAAUUUUCAUCUUUGUCUUUUGGCAUGAAUUAAAAAUCUGUUUCUUGA